AUGGGGGCGAUGGCACCGCGCACGCUGCUCCUGCUGCUGGCGGCCGCCCUGGCCCCGACCCAGACGCAAGCUGGUUCACACUCGAUGUACUAUUUCCAAACUCUCCUCACCUGGCCUGGCCUCAUGGAGCCCCAGUUCGUCACGGUUGCCUUUGUGGAUGACGUGCGGUUUGAAAGAUUCAACAGCAAAGCUCAGCCUCCGAGGAUGGAGCACUGUGCGCUGUGGGUGGAUCAGCAGAGGCCAGAGUAUUGGGACGGGAGGACACAGCUGACCCUGGAACAAAGCCAAAUGUUCAGAGAAACGCUGAAGGAAAUGCUCCACGUCUACCAACUUAGUGAAACUGGAUAUCACACAAUCCAGAAUCUGUAUGGCUGUGAUUUGCUGUCUGGAUCAUACUCCAGUCAUGGACAAUACAAAUUAUCCUUCAACGGCCACGAUUACAUCAUCCUGAACGAGGACCUCAGAACCUGGACCUCCGUGGGCAAGGCAGCUGAGAUGCUCAGGCGUAAGUGGGAGGAGUCAGACUUUGCACAAGUAGUCAAGACUUACUUGCAGAAGGAAUGCGUGAAGCUACUUCUCACACAGCUGGACUAUGGGAGGAAGAUUUUGCUGAGAACAGAUAUCCCACAAGUACAUGUGACUCGUAAGAUCAGAGUGGAUGGGAAAAUCACCUUGAGGUGCUUGGUCCUGAACUUCUACCCUGCUGAGAUCACCCUGACCUGGCAGAGGGAUGGGAGCAACCAGACUCUGGAUAUAGAGCUGGUGGAGACCAGGCCUGCAGGGGAUGGAACCUUCCAGAAGUGGGCAGCUGUGGUGGUGCCUUCUGGGGAGGAGCAGAGAUACACAUGCCAUGUGUACCAUGAGGGGCUGCCUGAGCCCCUCACCCUGAGAUGGGGUAAGGACUGGGAGUGA